AUGUUUAAAUAUAUCAUACCAAGGGCCGUGCUGCUUCUCUCUCUGUUUCAGACUGUAAUAGCCUCUCCUGCUUAUUCCCGUAAUACCCAGAACUCAACAUGUACAAAGGCGAAAGUUGCGGUACUAGGGGCCGGCAUGGCAGGAAUAGCAGCUGCGCAAUCAUUGCAUAAUGCUUCAAUUUCAGAAUUUGUGAUUAUUGAUGUGAACUCGUACAUCGGCGGACGAGUGGCACACACAACCUUUGGAACAAACCCCUCAACCAAGCAGCCUUACACUGUUGAACUCGGCGCAAAUUGGGUACAAGGCCUUGUCUCUGACGGUGGGCCAGAGAACCCCAUCUGGACACUGGCGAAGAAGUGGGGGCUGGAGAAUACAUAUUCAAACUACAGUUCUAUUCAAACGUAUGACCAGGAUGGAUCCGCAGAUUUUGCGGGGCUGUUGGACGAUUUCGAGGAUGCUUAUAGCACUGUGGAACAAGAUGCUGGAACAAUAUUGACUCAAAAUCUGCAGGAUAGAACGAUGAGGACUGGGCUUAGUAUUGCGGAUUGGAAGCCGAAGAAGGACAUGCAGAUGCAAGCUGCCGAGUGGUGGGAGUUCGAUUGGGAGUAUGCUUAUAGCCCCGACCAAAGUUCGCAGACAUGGGCUAUUGUGAACUACAACACAACCUUCUACCAAUUCUCCGGUGACAACAAUUACGUCUUCGAUCAGCGCGGCUUUAACUACUUCAUCGAGUCAGAAGCCUACACCUUCCUCCAGCCCAACGACACGCGUCUCCUUCUCAACACAAACAUCACCUCAAUCGCCUACUCCGACUCCGGUGUAACGAUCACCAACGCCGACGGCUCCUGCAUCCACGCCGACUACGCAAUCUGCACCUUUUCUCUCGGCGUCCUCCAAAACGACGUUGUGGACUUCCAACCCGCUCUCCCAGCAUGGAAACAAACCGGAAUAGAAGGCAUGCAAAUGGGCACCUACACCAAGAUCUUCUUCCAAUUCCCUCCAGGCCCGGACGGGACUUUCUUCUGGGAACAUGGCCCAGACCCUACUACACAAUUCUUCCUGUACGCAGACCCCGUCGAAAGAGGCUGGUAUCCUGUCUUCCAAUCCCUCUCCGCACCGGGCUUUAUAGAAGGUUCUGGCAUAUUUUUCGUCACAGUUGUAUAUGCGCAGAGUUACAGAGCCGAACAGCAGGACGACGAUGCUACAAAGGCAGAAGUCAUGGCUGUGCUAAAAAAAAUGUUCGGCGCCGAUAUCCCCGACCCGAUAGAUUUCAUGUACCCGCGCUGGAGCACCGAGCCCUGGGCAUAUGGCAGUUACAGCAAUUGGCCGCCCGGGCUGAGCAUCGAGACGCAUCAAAACCUACGCGCAAAUUUGGGGCGGCUUUGGUUUGCGGGGGAGGCUACUAGUGCAGAAUAUUAUGGGUUUUUGCAAGGGGCGUAUACGGAAGGCCAAGCUGUAGGGACGACCAUUGCAGAGUGUAUUGGGGGGAAUACGACGGAUUGUGUGAGUGAGCUGAGUUAUCGGACUGUAAAGGGUUGUACGACGAGUGAGCGGCAGUUGACGGAGGAGAAUGGGUGGUUUGUGUCUAGUAUGGAUACCUUUGGCUUUUAG